GCAAAAAUCUUCAAGAUGGCAGCGGCGGCGGCUGCACGAGCAGUUUCUGGGGCCUCUGGGCUCCGGGUCCUGCAGCCGGCGCUCCCGCUUGUCGUGAUUCUCGGAGCCACCGGUACAGGCAAAUCUACUUUGGCGUUGCAGCUAGGCCAAAGUCUCGGUGGCGAGAUCGUCAGCGCUGAUUCCAUGCAGGUUUACGAAGGCCUAGACAUCAUCACCAACAAGGUUUCUGCUCAGGAACAGAAAAUGUGCAAACACCACAUGAUCAGCUUUGUGGAUCCUCUUGUGACAAAUUACACAGUGGUGGACUUUAGGAACAAGGCAUCUGUUCUGAUUGAAGAUAUAUUUGCCCGAAACAAGAUUCCUAUUGUCGUGGGAGGAACCAACUACUACAUUGAGUCUCUGCUUUGGAAAGUUCUUGUCACUACUAAGCCCCAGGAAGUGAACACUGAGAAAGUGACUGACCGGAAAGUAGAGCUUGAAAAGGAAGACAGCCACACCCUGCACAAACGCCUAUGCCAGGUGGACCCUGAAAGGGCUGCCACACUGCACCCACACGACAAGCGCAAAGUGGCCAGGAGCUUGCAAGUAUUUGAAGAAACAGGAAUCUCUCAUAGUGAAUUUCUUCAUCGUCAACAUGCAGAGGAAGGUGGUGGUCCCCUUGGAGGGCCUCUGAGAUUCCCUAAUCCUUGCAUCUUCUGGCUUUACGCUGACCAGACAGUUCUAGAUGAACGGUUGGAAAAGAGGGUGGAUGCCAUGCUUGCUGCUGGGCUUUUGGAUGAACUAAGAGGUUUUCACAGGCGUUAUAAUGAGAAGAAAGUUUCAGAAAAUAGCCAGGAUUAUCAACAUGGUAUCUUCCAGUCAAUUGGCUUCAAGGAAUUUCACGAAUACCUGAUCUCUGAGGGAAAAUGUACACCAGAGACUAGUAACCAGCUCCUAAAGAAAGGUGUUGAGGCUUUGAAACAAGUGACAAAGAGGUAUGCCCGGAAGCAGAAUCGAUGGGUGAAAAACCGUUUUUUAAGCCGUCCUGGUACCAAUGUCCCCCCAGUAUAUGGCUUAGAGGUAUCUGAUGUCUCAAAGUGGGAGGAGACUGUUUUGCGACCUGCUCUCGAAAUUGUGCAAAGCUUCAUCCAGGGCCACAAGCCUGAAGCUGCUCCAGUCAAGCUGUUAUGCAGUGAAACAGAGAAUAAGAAAAGUUAUCACAUGUGUGAUAUCUGUGAUCGAAUCAUCAUUGGGGACCGAGAAUGGGCAGCACAUAGAAAGUCCAAAUCCCACUUGCACCAAAUAAAGAAAAGAAGAAAACUGGACUCUGAUGUUGUCACCACCAUAGAAAGUCAGACUCUUUCCCCAGUCAGAGACAAAGAACUUAAAGAGAAGGAAUCUCCAGGGGAGAACAAUGGAAAGCUGAAAUCCAGUAUUUAAGAAACAAGUCCACUGGCUUUUGCAAAGGCUGCAGAGACCCAGUUCUGAAGGGAGGGAGGGCUGUCUGUUUCCAUCUGAGCUAAGGAAUGCUAUGCAGAAAGCUCCCACCAUCUCCCGUCAUUCAUUCAGUGGGAUGGUUUUAACGUCUCAUGUUUUCUGUCAUGGAAACAGCAGGUUUCAUCAGUUCCUUAUAUGGCUGGUAUGUCUGAUCUUGAUGAGUUCUAGAAGAGACUUUUUAAAAUUUCUUUAUUGGGGAAUUAAUGUUUUAUAUUCGACAGUAAAUAGAAUAGUUUGUACAUGCAUAACAUUUCCCACUUUUCCAUAUAAGAAUACAACCCCCACUAGGUCCUCGGUCACCUAGAAGGGACUUUUUAUUUUAUUAAUUUAUUUUUUUUAGAAGGGACUUUUUUUAAGCCUUAAAGAUUAAUAUUAUUUUUAAAAGGGGCACAGAUUGCACUUUUUUCUUUUUCUUUCUUUCUUUUUUUUUUUUUUUUUACAUUUGAGGUGAUGAAUACCAGGAUUCACUACAUAUCCCUUAAAAUUUUUAAGUUUUAUGUCCCUGGUUCUGACUAAAAACAAAGUUUUCAGAUGCUUUUUUUUUUUUUUUUUUGAUGAGAGUAUUAUGAGCCAGAAAUGAGGAGUUCUAUAUUUGCAUGGAUGACAGGGAAGAACCAGGCCCAGUGAGAUUAAAUCAGCCAAACUGGUUAGAUAGUGAGAGAUACAGAUAGUUAUGACAUGGGACUUUGCAACUAAAGACUGCAUUUAUUAAGCUCACCUGCUGUGAUAAUUAUUAUUUUGCUAUCUUUCUAUUAAGUUAGGAAUCUAUAUUUUUAUUGAACUUGAAAUAAAUGUUUAUAAGAUUCUCUUCUGUUGUUAAAAACAUGAAAAUAAAUACAUUUAUUCUUGUCUA